AUGGAUAGUGAAAAACAAAAAGAUGAGAUUAUUGCAUUGGAAAGUAUAUAUAAUUCAGAAGAAUUUUUAUAUCACAAGGAAGAUGAUCAUUAUCAAUGUACUUUUAUGAUAUUUAUAAAUCUUCCAGCAAAUUAUCAUAUUAUAUACAAAAAUUCUACACAAGAUGAAUCUGAGCAAAAGAUUAAAAUCUCUUAUUUACCACCAUUAAGACUUCAUGUUUUACCAAAAAAUUAUCCUUCUGAGUUACCACCUAAGUUUACUUUAUAUUCAUCUUGGUUACAUCUUUCAUUAUUAACUAUAUUAUGUAAAAAAUUAGAUAAAUUAUGGGAAGAAAACAAAGGACAAGAGAUAUUAUUUACAUGGGUAGCUUUUUUACAAGAGACUUUAGAAUUCUUAAAUAUACAAGACAAUCUUAAUAUGAGUUGUGCUUACACACAUUAUAAAGAAGCUUUAGAAAUAGCACACAAUAUUCACAAAAAUAAAAUAGAUAAUGUAGAUAAAGAAUGUAAUGUUGAAGAUGCAAAAAAUAGAACAAUGAAAGAAGUUACUACCAAGUAUUUAAAUAAAAAAAUGAUAAGAAAAUAUUACGAUAAAAGAGCUAUUUUAGAUUUUCCUAUUGGAAGAAACCCCAUACAAGCAUUAAUUGAUUAUAAUGAGAAGCGUAAUCAAAUCGAAUUCAAAAAAAAUUUCUAUACUUGUAAGAUUUGUUUUGUGGACAAAAUAGGAGAACACUGUACACAAUUUUUACCUUGUGGUCAUGUAUUUUGCAAAGAUUGCAUAACUGGUUAUUUAGAAGUAAGAAUUAAGGAUGGAAAUGUGCAAAAUAUUUAUUGUCCAGAAGAAAAAUGUACCUCUGAAGCAACUCCUGCUCUGAUAAAAGACUUAGUAAGUUCAGAAUUAUUUGCAAAGUAUGAUUCUAUAUUAUUAAAUGCCACAUUAGAUACUAUGGGCGAUAUAGUAUAUUGUCCGAGACGUAGUUGUCAAUAUCCAGUUAGUCGUGAACCAAAUGAACAAAUGGCAAAUUGUCCAAUUUGCCAAUAUGCAUUUUGUGUUUAUUGUAAAAUGGUAUAUCAUGGUAUAGAACCAUGCAAAGUUUAUUCAGCUGAAAUACAUAAAGUGAUAGCUGAAUAUCAAGAAGUUUCUGAUGAUAAGAAAUUACAAAUGGAACAACGUUAUGGAAAAAAACAACUUCAAACUUUGGUAGAAAAUGCCAUGUCUGAAAAUUGGAUUAAAAGUAAUAGUCAGAAAUGUCCUAAAUGCCAAGCUGCCAUUGAGAAAUCAGAUGGUUGUAAUAAAAUGGUGUGUUGGCGAUGCAAUACAUUCUUUUGUUGGUUAUGUGGUACUAUUCUUGAUCGUAAAAAGCCAUAUAAACAUUUUCAAGAUAUGAAUUCUAAGUGCUAUAACAUGUUAUAUUAUGGAAUGUUAAUUCAAGAUGAUGAUAAUGCAGAUAUUCAUAACUUUCCGCCUUAUCCAAUUUAUGAAUUAGAAGAUGAAGACUUCUUCGAAGACAUUGUAGCAUAAAAAUAAAAUAAAACAUUAUCACGUUCAAAAGAUAAUAACCAUUACCUGUUACUUUUUUUUUUUUUGGUGAAUAUAUAAUUAAUUUUGAAGAUUCAGGCA